CACUUAUAAAAAACUAGUCGUAAAAUUAAAAUUUCUAACAAAAUGGAUGAAUAUAUUCGAUUAUCAAAUAUACAAGCAAAUUUUCAGAAUAUUUGUAGAACUUGUUUAAUAGAAAAACAUAACUUACAAGCAAUUUUCCGUCUUGUAGAUUUAUUAAAAGAAUGCACUUCAAUACAAAUUGAUCUGGAGGACGAUUUACCAAAAUUAAUUUGCAUUGAAUGUACUAACAAACUAAAUACUGCGUUUGAAUUUAAAAAACAAUGUGAAGUGUCUCAAAAAAUUUUGUCCCAACUCAGAGAAUUUGGAGUAACGCCUGUUAAACUUGAAAGCAAUGGUUUAAAUUCUCAACAAUUAGAAGCAAAUGAAAUCGACAUUAAAUCCGAGGAUUCUUAUAAUAUAAACGAGGAUAAUUCCGAUACAUGCAAUGAAAACAAUAAAUAUAAAAUUAACAGUGUAUUUAGUUAUGUGAAUAUUAAACCGUUUAAUAAUGAAGAUGAUUUUAUUGAAACAAGCGAAAAUAAAAAUAAUUUGGAUGCUUCAAAGAAACAAAAUAUUAACUUAGAUAGUACAAAUACUAAUAUUGGGAAGAAUAGUUUACUUUCUUCUGACCUUGAUGAGCAACCGUUAAACAAAAGACUAAAGUUAGAAAACAGUGAAUCAACUCCUGAAGACAACCAUUGUGAAGUUUCCAAUAAAAGUAGUGAUGAAAUUGUAAAGUUAAGAAAAAAUAAAGGUAAAAAAAGUACCAAAGGUAAUAAAAAAUCUAGUAAACAAAAGGACAAGAAUAAAUUGGAGGUGAUAAAAGAUGAUGAUACAAUUCAAAAUGGACUACCAUGCCCACAAUGUAAAAAAUGUUUUGAAUUAGAUGUAGAUUUGGAAAUUCAUAUGCUAAAACAUCAAAAAUAUAAUGAUAAUACUUGUCCUAAAUGCUCAAGAACUUUCGAAAACGAAAAAAAUUUAAAACAGCAUUUUAAUACCCACAUGAUUAACAAACCGUACAAAUGCAAUGUUUGUGAUAGAAGCUUCGCAGGAUCAUGUGAUCGUAAUCGACAUAUUUUACGAAUUCAUACGGGUGAAAAACCUUUCAUAUGUUCAUCAUGUGGUAAACGAUUUGCAGAUUCAAGUAAAUUAUCACGUCAUAUGAAAUAUCAUCUUGAUGUUAAAAAAUUCAUCUGUACAGUUUGCUCUAAAUCAUUUAUGUUUUCGUCAGAUCUUCAAAGUCAUAUACGAGUUCAUUCUGGUGAAAAACCUUAUUUAUGUACAGAAUGUGGAAAAAGCUUUAGUCAUUCGAACGGAUUAAAACUACAUAAACUAAAACAUACAGGAGAACGUCCAUUUCCAUGUACAGAAUGUGAAAAGAGUUUUCUCUUAAAUAAACAUUUAAAAGUUCAUAUGCGUUCUCAUACAGGUGAAAAGCCAUAUGUGUGUAAAAUAUGCGAUAUGGCCUUUACAAGAUCAGAUUAUCUUGUUGUGCACACCCGAUCACAUACUGGGGAGAGGCCGUAUUCUUGUAAGAUUUGUGAAAAGACUUUUAAAUCAAGCAAAGAUGUAUAUCAACAUAAACGAACACAUAAUAAAGGAAGAACCUGUUUGACAGAUAAAGAUAAUUUACAAACUAUUUUUCGCAUUAUAGAUUUAUUAAAAGAAUGCACUUCAAUACAAAUUGACAUAGAGGAUGAUUUACCAAAAUUAAUUUGCCUUGAUUGUGUUAAUAAACUGAAUAAUGCAUUUGAAUUUCGAAAACAAUGUGAAGUAUCUCAAAAAAUUUUGUUACAACUUAGAGGAAUUGACAAAACACCUGUUAUAUUUCAAAAUAAAGUUUCAAACAUUCGAUUACAUAAAACCGAAAAUUUAGAUAUAAACGAUAUCGAUAUUAAAUCUGAGAGUUCUUAUAAUAUAAAUGAUGAUAACUCGGAUACAUGUGAUGAAAAUAAUAAACUUAAAAUUAAUGAUAUACUUAAUGUUGCGAAAACAAAGCUAAGUAAAGUAGAUGGUUUUUCUGAAACUAAUGUAAAUGCAACUAAAACUAUUUUCGAUAUUUCUAAGAAAAAAAAUAAUAAUUUUGAAAAUAAAAGUUCUAACGCAGUGAAUAAUAGUCCGUCUUUUGAUUUUGAUGACCAACCUUUAAGUGAAAGAUUAAAGAUCGAAAACAAUGAUUCAGUUCAUGAAGAUAACGAUUGUGAUAUCUCUGAUCAAUGUAACAAUGAGCCUGUAAUUUUGAGAAAAAAUAAAUCUAAUAAAAAAACGAAACAAAAAGAUAAACAAAAAUUAAGUGUGAAAACCAAAGACGACAAAACAGAUGGACUCCCAUGUUCUCAGUGUGAUAAAUACUUUGAAUUUGAAGUAGAUCUAGAAAUGCAUAUGUUGAAACAUCAAAAAUUUGACAAUUUUAGUUGUCCUAAGUGUCCAAAGAUUUUUGAUAACUCGCACAGUUUAAAACGACAUUUUAACACACACAUGAUUAACAAGCCAUAUAAAUGCAAGUUUUGUGAUAAAAGUUUUGCUGGAGCUGGUGAUCGAAAUCGCCAUUUAAGAAUUCAUACCGGUGAAAAACCAUACAUAUGCUCAUCGUGCGGUAAGCGAUAUCCAGAUUCUAGUGGAUUAUCAGCACAUAUGAAGUACCAUAUUGGUAUAAAAAGUUUUGUUUGUACAAUUUGUUCCAAAUCAUUUUUGUUUCCAUCAGAACUUCAAUGUCAUAUGCGUGUGCAUACUGGUGAAAAACCUUAUUUAUGUACUAUUUGUGGAGAUAGUUUUAGUCAAUGCUACAGCUUAACAGUACAUAAACGAAAACAUACUGGAGAGCGUCCGUAUUCAUGUACAGAAUGUGAUAAGAGUUUUAGUUCAAAUAAACAAUUAAAAUUUCAUAUGCAUACACAUACAGGAGAAAAGCCAUAUAUUUGUACACUUUGUGAUGCCAGUUUUGCUAGACCAGAGUCUCUUGUUAUACACACACGAACACAUACAGGAGAAAGACCCUAUUGUUGUAAUUUAUGUGAAAAAAAAUUUAUGUCAAGUAAACAUUUAUCACAACAUAAGCGAACACAUAAUAAAGAAAAAUAAAUUGUUAA